AUGUCAUUAAUCAUUCAACACGGAGCACCAUUUAUUGAAAAAUUCUUGGAGAUAUUCGAACCUCACAGUGCAGAGGCAGUCCCAGUUCAAGAUGAAUACUACUUGGUACUCUUCAAGACUGUAGACUAUAUUCAUUUUACAGUAUUGCACAAUGGAAAGUACUACCACUCUUAUCCAGAAUCCAAUGUUGAAAUCAUUGCAAAUACAUCAUAUGAACUUGCCUUUGUCAAGAACCCAACCAUGGAUCACAAGAUGUGGCUCAAGUUCCGUUUCCUUCACAAGCCUAAACCAGAAGAAUUCAAUAGACGUUUGAUCGAGUUGAUGGACAAGGUUUGGACCGACGAGUACAACUGUCUCUGCUACGCCUUGGAUCUUAUGGGUAUCGAAUUCCCUCAACAAUACCUCAGUCUCAAGAUUUGGGAAGACUAUGAUUUCCUCAAAAAGGUUGGUGCCGGUAUUGUCAUUCUCGAAGCCAUCAAUUUGGCCGCCCUUGCACUCGGAGGUAUCAUCGGACACAAGAAUCUUGGUGGUAAUGCUGCUGCCCCUGCCUCUCCUACUCUUGGCGGUGCCACUGCAGGUACUGGUAGUGGUGAAUCAACAUCUGCUCCAGUCGUUGCCAAUGAUUAA